AUGGCAUUCCUUAAAUUCUUCACUAUUCUCGCUGUACUUUGCAAUGUUUCAUAUGCUUUACUUGGAGUUGGACGAACUCAAUCAGUUGCUGUUUCGGGAAGAUUGAUUUGUAAUGGACAACCAGCUACAAAUAUCAAGCUAAAAUUGUAUGAGAAAGAAAGCAGUUAGUUUUUUCUUCCAAAACAAAUACCAAGAUGUUAACAAAUAUUUUUCAGCAUUUGAUGUUUUGCUUCAAGAAGGAACUAGUGACAAUAAUGGACAAUUCAGAUUAUCUGGAUCAAAAACUGAAAUCUCAACUAUCGAUCCAAAAUUGAAUAUUUAUCACAAAUGCAAUUAUAAUGGACUUUGUUAUAAGAAAAUUGGAAUUACUAUUCCAGAUAACUAUAUUUCAUCUGGAACAAAUCCACAAAGAACCUAUGAUAUUGGAACAUUAAAUUUGGCCAACCAAUAUACUGGACAAACAACUGAUUGUCUCAAUUAA